UGUGGUAACAUGAUCCAUGGCCUGGUAUUGGUCCGCAGCCCAGUGGUUGGGGACCCCUGUACAUAUUUCACUUUUUUUUUCUCUUUUUCUCUGGAACGUGUUUGGGGUGAGUCGUGUUGUAUCAGCUGUUCAUCAAUGUCCUUCAAACUAUAGGCAGACCAGUAUGAGUGUGUGGGGUGUGGCAGAGCGGGAGACGGAAUCAUCACAACAGACUUGACAAGAACAGGACUACACGAACCAGGAAGUGACUCAGCAGCAGCAGCAGCAGCAGCAGCAGGAGCAACAGCAUGUCUUCCACAGAGCUGCGGCUGGUGGCGCUGUGUCGGCCCACAGAAGGGAAGAGGUCCGCAGCCUGCACCAUCUUACACCUGCAAGACAGAGAGCAGGGCACAGGCACCACUGUACUGCACAGAGGAGAGGCUGCAGGCAGACAGAUUGCCGUGGUCCAGAGUGAAGCCUGGUUCAGUGCUGACUGCAGCUCAGACCAAAGAAGAAAACACAUCUCCUCCUUCAUCACCUUGUCCUCACCGGGGCCUCAUGCCUUCCUGCUCUGUGUCCCUGUCAACCAACCCGUGGACGGAGAGGACAAGGCUCUGGAUGUGCUGACUCAGCUGUUCGGUCCUGCUGCAGUCAGCCAUAACACCAUCGUGCUCUUCACACACACCGAGGAGCUGGAGGAGGACGAGCAGCUGGGGGAGUACCUCCUCACCUGGAGGAAGGAUCUCCUGGAGCUGGUGGAGCGGUGCGGUGGACGCUACCACACCCUGGAGAGCAGCGGUGGAGAGGAGGAGGAGGAGAGGAGAGCUGUGGAGGAGCUGCUGAAGAAGGUGGAUGAGAUGGUGGGUCAGAGUGGGACACAACACGUGGGCUGUGCUCUGUACCAGGAGGCUGGAGAAGGAGUGAGAGAGAGACAGGACCAGCUGGUGAGAGAGGGAAGAGAAACAGUCACUGAAGAGGAAAUGGAGGCUGUGCGAGCAGAAGCAGAGAGGAGCGUGGACCACCUGGAUGUGGACGUUGACCAUAUCUUUUCAGGCACCAGCGUCUCCCCUCCCCCCCCUCCUCCCCCUUUUCUGUGGGGCCUGUGGGAGAAGGUGAGAGACUGGUUCAAGUGGCUGCCACAGAUGGUGAGGAGGGAGGCCCUGUUUGGAGCCCUGGUUGGACUGUUUGUUGGAGGGCCAGUAGGUGGCGUAGUGGGGGCCACUGUAGGCUCAGUGGCCACUGAGAUGAGCAGAAGAAAAACCCAGAAAACUACAUGAAAGAGUACUUCAAACAGUAGUAGUAUUUUAGUGUCAUGUUCAAAGAACCACACUUCACAUUUCAAAUGUUCCCACUCUCCCUAUUAUUAUUAUUAUUAUUGACUGUAUUGAACACGUGACCAUGACACGCAGACCAAUUAAAGUCAAACUUAUACUCGAGUUUAAAUACAAUAAAUUACAUUAGUGUU